CUCAAAUCACAACAAUAAUCCCUCAAAUGCUGGCAUCAAGGUGAGGACCAUCCUAUACGCUUGGCCAAUUCCGAUGCAUGAAUAAGAGUGGAGCUAUUCCCAAAGCAGUAAUAUCUGGGGAAUAGAACAUGGCCACCUCCAAUCAAAUCCCCACAAAGUAGCCGUUGCCUUGCCGUCCCCCGCUAGCUGUUUGGGCGCAUCGCCAUGGCAUUCGCUCAAGGACAUCCCUCGAUCCCUCAAACCCUCUUGGCUGGAUUGGCCUCCCCCAUGUUGAGUCGGCACAGGAUCCGCUCUUCGCCAUAUCUUCCACCGCCCAUGUGGUCAUCAAACGCCUGGCCUCUUUUUUGUUUUGAAAUGCUGCGCCCUCUGACAUUGCUCUCCUGACAGCAACUCAACACUGCUGGCUUUUGAUCUUCCCCUUCUUUCAUACCCCGGAUCAUCCAAUCUGUAGUUUAUAGUCCCCCUCAACACGGUCAGGACUUGUAUCAUCCCCCGGAUUUCAAAUCCUGGGUCACGUUUGCCUCUUACCAGGGUCUCUUUCGGACAUUCCCCGGCCACCCAAAGAUUAGAUUCUAUCAGCUCCUAAUCUUUUUUCCAUUGCAACAUCAUGACUCGGACUCAACAACAAACAUCGCAAGCUUCAAACCGAGUGAAAAAGGCUAGACGAUCAUCCGCCCAGGAGUCUCGUCGUCAACCUACCGGUUUCAUCACUUGGACAGACUGGCGAGCUUUCCAACCAACUCGACCUUCAAGCAACAAAAGCAGUGAUGAUGAAUCACCAAAGUAUUCACACACCGAUGGCUGGCAUCCAGAUGCCUUUGCCGAUAGAUAUCGACGAUCUUCUUAUCCCAAAUUGUCACCUCUCCCCGUCAAGAACCUAAACAUUCUCAACAGUCAGCGCAUCACCACUUGGGAGCGAGAUUUCUUCAGCUCUCUACUGGUACCAGACCAAGGUCCAGGCCAACACUUUAAAUCCGAACCUGAAAUUUCCGAGGAAGAAAUCACCACGGUAUGCAUGGAGGUCUUGGAAAAUCUGGCACCUUCACUCGCUGAACUCACCGACGCUCCCACCGCGGACAGCCCAGACAAUGCAAGUCGCCAGGAUACGGACACGGACAUGGAUAUGACCAUCAUGUCUUCCAUUGACUUUGACUUUGAAAAGUGUUUGGCAGAAGUGGAACAAAUAGUAUGUGACUCGAUCAAGGACAUCCCCAGCAUAUUCGACACUCAAGACAAGGUCGAUCGCAAGUCGCUUGAACCAGCAACCACCACGAUAUGAACCAACUCAUCAUCUUCACCUUUGACAAAGCCUUCUUUGUCAAUCGUGUAAGCCCUGCCGAGAGAUCAACCACUGUCAUUCUGGUAUCUCUGGUCGCUUCCACUCCUUUCGAGCCACUUGUGCUCACGAGAAGGAUAUUCCUAUAAUAUGGACUGUGAGAGGGAUACAUCAGACACUCAUCUGGACGGAGCAUACCAGCAUCGACGAGAAUGCUCUGGCCUGUGAUGUUUCUCGACUUGGGACUGGCGAGGAAACUGACGAUGUUGGCGAUGUCUUCUGGUUCCUGCACGUUGUGGUCAACUCUGAGAAUCUGCCCAAGUGGUUCAGGUACAUCAUACCUGAGGUCUCUUCAAAGCCGCUCGAGCUUCCACCGAUUGCUGGAAUGCAUCUUCGGGACUCACUCCGGUGCGCUCCGAGAUACUGGCACCGAUCUCUUUCCACAUCUGAUAAAAUAUUAAAUCGAGCUGUGCAGUGGUGGAGUUGGGGAACGUACAUGCGUAUCAACUGGACCCGGACAGUAUGCUAUUAACGACAAAAAAGUUUAGAUAUCUGAGCGUGUUGAAUGUUAAUGAUACAUACCAUUGACCUGUACGCGAUGGGAUCGGUUCGUCAUCUUUGUUCAUCCAACGUGUCUUUAUUGAACCCACUUACAUUGAUAUCAUAUUGCGCCAGUUCGAG